AUGGUGGGAACGAAGGCCGGUAAAACAGUGCGACCUGCAGCAUCCUGCACCGAGUGCCAACGGCGCAAACAGAAAUGCAGCCGCCAAUGGCCAUGCAAUCAUUGCCAGGCUAGAAAUAUACCACAUGUCUGCAAAUACCCUCAAAAACAAUUAACGAAGACUCCUCAUGUCCCAAAUGAAACUACGCGGAAACCUUCUCUGGAAGGCAGAGAAGAGGAAGAUCCCGCAGAUUUUUUUAAACCAGAAGAUAUUGAGAUCACCACAGAAGAUUUACCUGCCCGAGCUGCGAAGGGUGAACUCCGCAACUUGGGUUACAUGCCUGACCAAAGUCCACUUUUUGGAAAGGCCUUACCAAUGUCAUCCACACCAGCAUCGAAAUUAUCUUCGGAGGCAAUGUCCUCCGAGAUGAAAAAUGUCUUACGGCUUUUGCCUCCCAAACCAUACACAGACAUUUUGGUCCAGCGCUAUCUGGGAGUCACCAAUUUCAGUUACUAUGCCUUAUACCCGCCGAUCUUUUCUCGUGACUAUGCGGCUUGGUGGUCCGACCGAGCAAGUGGGAAGCCACUCACACCGGAGUUUACGUGUCUUCUCAUUCGUGUUUGCGCCUGUUCAUCGCAAUAUCUGGACUCUGAGAUUCAAUUAAAACUCGAAUCAGAACUAGGAGAGUCUGUCCAAAGUCUAUCAGAAAGCUACCACCACGCUGCCAAACAGCUAAGCGAUACGAUCGCCCCUGGAAAAGGAGGUCUAGCGCAAAUCCAGCAACUAUUCCUAACCGCAGCUUGGUUCAAGUCUGAAUCUCUUUUUGUCGAAUCCUGGCAUGCUUUGAGUUCUUGUAUCCACGAAGCACAAGAACUCGGCAUGCAUAAAAAGCACCAAAAGCCGGGAUUGUCCGAAUUUGAAAUAGAGAUGAGAAGACGGCUUUGGUGUCUGCUAUAUGUAUGGGACUGGCAAAUGUCUAUGUUUCUGUCUCGCCCCCUCAUCAUCAACCAAGCCCCUUGCUCCUACGAGCUACCGAAUAUGACGUUGGAGACCUUGGAUCCCGCAACUGGUCUGCCUUCUCCAGUUUCUCACAUUGCCUCCCAAUGCGAGCUAGGCAAAAUGAUCACAAAAGUUCUCACAAAAAUGGAAGGCACCACUGAUGCUAUUGAAACCGAUUCUAUCAAAGCAGAUAUAGAAAGGUGGAUGAAUUCAUUGCCAGCAGCCUAUCAAGAAGAGAGCCCAGACACCCAAUGGGACGAAGAACAUAUAUACGUGCCUCUCCAGCGUCGCCAACUACAUGCCAUAGGAUAUAUGACCAUGCUUUUACCCUUCAAAGGGUAUCUCGUCAAGACAUUUGAUUCUCAGGCUUCUGAUGUGGAUAGAGCUCGCCGGGCAUCUGCGAUCGAAAUUGCCCUUCAUCUAAUGAAAGUGUCGCAUCGACUUUUUGACCAUGUAUUCCCAAUCAACGCCAAGUUCCACCUGGUUACGUUCUUGAUAUUUGACACUGCGGCUUUCCUUUCCUCUGCUAUAAUCCACGACAAAGAUCGCAGUCUUCCACAACGAGAAGAAGUUUUUCAAGCAAUUAGGCUCGCAUGCUCUCUCAUGGGUCAGCUCGCCCCAGUUACAAAGACAGGUGCAAUUUGUUACCCGGUUCUCGACAGGCUCGCCAGAAGUCUAUCACCAAACAAAGCGGCCUCAAUGAAUGGUACUACCACCGGGGAUAUAUCGAGUACUGGAACAAUGGCCUUCGACUCAUCGCCAGACUUCGACUUUCUUGAUGCCGAUAACUCAGAAUCACUGACUUCAUCUUUGGGGCUCAUGCCUGCCAAUGGUAUGUUCUUACCCACCUCGGCGGAUCUGGACUUUCCGAUGGCUGGCAUGGAAACACCGCCUAUUAUGAGUAUUGGUGAUUUCUCCAAUAUGGAUGUCGGUCAAUUUGAUCAGAUCUGGGACUGGCAAAAUCUGGAUUUGACUCUACUGCCCACUUUUCAGACAAAAUAG